AUGCCGAUUUCUCAAAUAAACUAUCAAAAUUAUUCUGUAAAGUUACAACUAGAUUCAACAUUUCUCAUAAUUACAGUUGAAAAUGAGCAAUCUAAAUUUUAUAUAAAGAUUGAUAAUAAACAAUGCACAGUUGUUACCAAUGGUCUCUGUGAAACGAGUGAACAAUUGUAUGAACUUCUGCACGAUUUGUUAAAUAAGAAUGAACAUCAAAAAUUGUAUCUUUUUCUAAUCCAUAAGAAACUAAUCGAGUUACACGUAGACUUUACUAUCUUUUUCGGAAAUACUGUUCAACGAAAAUGGAGCUUUGUCAUUCAUCUGAACCAACAAAAUGGUGAUGCUGCUGAGUCAACCAAAACCCUUGAUCCUACUGACUGGGUACAAACACGGGUUCUCGGUCAUCGAAUGAUGGACGAUAUGCUCAGUUAUCUACAGAAUAUUCGAAGCCGACCUCCGUGGCAACCGAUGCCACAAAAUGUUAAAGACUAUUUCAAACAAGAUUUACCAUAUGAUGAAAAAUGUGCAUUUGAUGUUUAUGACGAUUUCAAAACAAACAUUCUACCUUACCCUGUUGGUAAUAUUCAUCCUCGAUUCUUCGGUUAUGUGCAAGGAGCAGGAACGGUAAUAGGAGCUUUAUCAGGUCUGCUGACAGCUACCAUGAAUACAAUGUCGUGGGGUGGAGAACAAGCAAGUAUUUAUGCUGAAAAACAAGUAUUGCAGUGGUUAAAAACUCUAAUGGGUUUUCCGCAAGAAUCAAGUGGAGUUUUGGUCAGUGGGACUUCGAUAGCGACUUUAAUAGCAUUCACUCUUGUGCGUAAGAAAUAUACACCGGCUGAAUUCGCUGAAACAGGUUUUAGCCAGUUGAAUAAUCCUUUGCGAAUUUAUUGUUCCUCUGAAGCUCAUAACUGUCUGAUACGUGCUGCUCAAAUCUUAGGAAUCGGGACACGAAAUGUUGUUAUCAUUCCUGCGAAUCAGAAUCAUCAGAUAGACUUAGAAAAGCUCGAACAAGCUAUUAGAAGUGAUAAAGAGGCUGGAGCUAUUCCUAUGUGUGUUCUUGGAACAGCAGGCACUGUUGGAACAGGUAGCAUUGAUGAUCUGAAUGGUAUUGCUGAUUUGUGUGAGAAAUACAGUCUCUGGUUUCAUGUUGAUGGCGCAAUUGGAGCUGUGGCUCGAUGUUCAAAACGACUUGCCCCACUAGUAGCUGGUAUGGAAAGAGCGGAUUCUUUAGCAUUUGAUCUUCACAAAUUGUUUUCUAUACCCUACGAGGCGGGUUGUAUUUUGAUUCGUGACGCGGCACUUCAUACAGCAACGUUUGCAAAUCCUGCUACUUAUCUGACACUUCUUGACGGCGGUGUCACACCCGCACAUGAAACAUUUUUUAAUGAUUAUGGAAUUGAACUAUCCCGUGAUACAAAAGCAAUAAAAGUGUGGAUGUCACUGAAAGGAUAUGGCAUUGAAAGAUUCGCUCGAGUGAUUGAACAGAGUGUUGAUCAUGCACAAUAUUUUGCUUCGAAAGUACGAGAAUGUGAUCAACUAGAACUGAUAACUACCGGUUCAUUCCAAAUCGUCUGUUUCCGAUUUGUUCUGCCUAAUAAAACCGUGAACAUCCUAAAUAAACUUAACAAAAGACUUUUGGUUGCAAUUCAAGAACGAGGUAUAGCUGUUCCUUCACCCUAUACUGUUGAGGACAAAUUUGCCUUAAGAGUUUGCAUAACCAAUCAUCGGACGACACGAGAGGAUCUGGAUUAUUUUCUUGAGAAUCUUUUAAUCGUUGGAAACGAAUUAGGAGCUCAUAUGUAA